AUGUCCCACUCUAAACGAAACACUUCUCUCGCCUUCUUCACGGCCCACGAAAGUACGACGAGUGGUACGACUGCCAAUUCUAGCGGCGAUGGAGACGAUAAGAACAAGUCCGGGACUACGACGACGACGACGACGUCGACAAAAGUCCACCUCUUCUGUCGUGAAUGCGCAUUGAAUGACCUCAUGGCCCAACGGAAGGAAAUCAAACGGUUAGAACGUGAAGCAGAGUUGAGGAAACGGGAAAUGGAAGACGAUCUGCGUCGCGCGGAGGAGGAGAGCAAACGAGAAGAUCUCGAACGGUUCGAGAGGGGAGAAUUGGACUCUGCAUAUUAUGACGAUGUCUUCUCCGGCAGCGGCAUGAGGAGGAAACGAAUCGCCGAGGAAAUGCACUCUUCUGCCCCCAACGCCACUACCAGCACCAGCACAGGCACGAGCAACACAUCGGUCCGGACGAGUACCGGUGACGGGGACGGUCGAGACGGAUCCAAGAAAUCAAAAACCAACUCUACUUUCCCCUCCGUGGACACUGCAAACGGUACUCGCAGUGGUGGUAAUACAAAACGACAACAAUCUGAAGCGAGUUUCUGGAUCCCCGGGUCCGAAUUCACGUCUCGACAUCACGGCAAAGACGGCGCGACGAAGACCGCCGCAAAACUUCACCCUCUCUGUCCCGCCAGCACACCUGAUCAUAAACAUGAAUAUUCACUCAAAUCUCUGACUACCGUCAACUUUAGCUUCGCGGAUGACGGUGACGACGGCGCCGAUGGCGGUGGCGGUGGCGGUGGUUCUGGGAAGAGGAAAGAUGCCACCAAACAGCCAAUGUGUCCAAGUUGCAAAAAGAUGUUGACCAACACAUCACGCGCCAUGGUCGGGACGGCACCCGGAUGCGGUCACGUCGUGUGUAAAUCGUGCGCGGAUUUACUUUAUCGUGCCGACACGACGAGUGCCACGACACAUGCCACGCCAUCCAAGGAAGCUGCCACGACUGCUCUCACCGCCGCCAGGUCGCUGGACCGAGAACAAGGAACGGAAAAGGCAAAAGAACAGGCGCUGAUCUUGUGCUACGUGUGCGAAGCGGAUCUGAGCGGGCCGCGGGGAGGCGGGGAGGGCGGCGGCGACGGCGGCAGCAACGACGGCACUGGUAAGAACGACAGGCACAAGCACAAGGGCAAAGACAGGAACAAGGACAAGGCGGGUGACAAAGUAGGGACGGUCGUCGAGAUAAGCCGCGAGGGGACUGGGUUCGCGGGCGGCGGGACGAACAUGGCCAAGAGAGAAGGCGUUGCCUUUCAAUGUUGA